ACAUUAUAUAAAGGCUGCAUGUGUCUUUCUUUUUCAUUCCAUCCUUUCUUCUAUAGAAUUUCACAGUCACUGAUCCAAUAUGGAGUUUCAUUUCUUUCACUUUAUUACCUUUCUCAUGCUUGUGACAGUGGCAACUAAUGCUGCAAGAUUACCACCUCAACUUUACUGGAAGUCCGUACUCCCUAACACUCCAAUGCCAAAAGCCAUCUCUAAUCUCCUACCCCCUAGUAUAGAUGUUGGAGUCAAAAAGAGCUACUCUCAUGGAGGUAAAGCUAAUGAAAAUUCUGAAGGAUUAGCUAAUGUAUUCCAAUAUCCUCAUGCUGCGAGUGAGGUUGAGGUAAAUUCCGGAGGAUUACCUAAUGUAUUCCAAUAUCCUAAUGAAGCAAGUGAGGUUGAUGUAAAAUCCGGAGAAUUACCUAAUGUAUUCCAAUACCCUCAUGCUGCAAGUGAGAUUGAUGUAAAAUCCGGAGAAUUUCCUAAUGUUUUCCAAUAUCCUCAUGCUGCAAGUGAGGCUGAUGUAAGUUCUAAAGAAUUACCUAAUGUGUUUAGAUACAAUCAUGCUGCAAAUGUGCCUGGUAUAAAUUUUGGAGAAUUACCCAAUGGGUUCGGUUACCAUCAUUCUGCAAGAGAGACUGCUGUAAAUUCAGGAGAAUUAUCUAAUGGGUUUGGUUACCAUCAUGAUGCAAGUGAGCCUAGUGUAAAUUCCAGAGAAUUUUCUAAUGUGUUCCAAUACCCUCACGCUGCAAAUAAGGCUGAUGUAAGUUCUAAAAAAUUACCUAAUGUGUUUAGAUACGAUCAUGCUGCAAAUGAGCCUGGUAUAAAUUCAGGAGAAUUAUCUAAUGGGUUUGGUUACCAUCAUGAUGCAAGUGAGCCUGGUGUAAAUUCCAGAGAAUUUUCUAAUGUGUUCCAAUACCCUCACGCUACAAGUAAGGCUGAUGUAAGUUCUAAAAAAUUACCUAAUGUAUUUAGAUACGAUCAUGCUGCAAAUGAGCCUGGUAUAAAUUCAGGAGAAUUAUCUAAUGGGUUUGGUUACCAUCAUGAUGCAAGUGAGCCUAGUGUAAAUUCCAGAGAAUUUUCUAAUGUGUUUCAAUACCCUCACGCUACAAGUAAGGCUGAUGUAAGUUCUAAAAAAUUACCUAAUGUGUUUAGAUACGAUCAUGCUGCAAAUGAGCCUGGUAUAAAUUUUGGAGAAUUAUCCAAUGGGUUCGGUUACCAUCAUGCUGCUAAGUAGAACUAGAACCAUUUUAGGUGUGUUGUGUUUGCUGUGAUGUAUUAUUACAAGUAUGUUAUUUGUUUUACUUUGAUGUAUUUGCUAUAAUGUAUUGCAUGUGUGUUAAAUAAAGUUGCUCUGAUGCUAUGUCUCAGUGCAACAUAAAUAAAUAAAUGUUGUCUUUAUCUAUCA